AUGAGCUGGCAAAAUCGAUGCGUACAGAUGAUCCUAGAAGGGAGUGUUGUAGCGUCAGUAAGAGAGCAAGUGGCGUUUGUUGCGGUAGAAAGAAAUCGCGAAGGCAGAGCACAUGACAGUAAAUGUGCGGCAAUGACUGAAGUGAUGGAAGAGGUGUGCGCAAUCCUGCACUGCCAAGACUCAGAAGUAAUUAUGAGAGUAAGGGAGGUUGUCCGCAGCCUUCACUGUAGGAAAGAAGACAGCCGACGAGCUUCGACUGCAGUUGAUUCAAAAAGACUCACAGAUCGAGCAACGGCGCCAACAAUUCGAGGGGUUAGGACAGCAGGAAAAAGGCGAAUGCCCUCGCGGACAAUGAUUAUAGCAACGGUGCAGCUCAAACAGAACGAUUUGAUAGAAGCACAUCAUUCAAGCGACCAGCCGUUAACAGGAGUACUUCAAGAGCUGGAUGCCAUCGCCCCGGCCGUGCUGCGAGAUUAUGCGGAGAAAAGGCUGCGGAACACGUCAAAGAAUGGUACAAUCGAGUGCAACCUCUCUCUGGUAGGCAGGCGAAUGCUUCAAAAAAUUUGUAAAUUCCUUGACAUAAAGUAUACCAGGGAGCAGUGGAAAAAUUCUAACAGAGUACAACUAUUUCAAAGUUUUGUCAGAAAUAAAGCGUUAACGGUACUCGAGGCACUGCCAGGAGCCCGUGCAAUAGCACGCGUUACCCGGACAUCCCCGCGAAACAGACUUCGUAUGCAGAAGUCCGAGAUUCUAUGGUAG